AUGAAAGGUAUUAUAAACAGCGAAAAUAUUAGUGUUAUUGGAAGUUCAAGUGAUUCUUUUUUAAUUAGUGAGACAGAGUCUGUACAAACAGAGACAACGCAAUCAUCAUAUAAUGGGGGACGACCCCAAAAAAAUAUUUGGAACGAAUAUGAUACUAUAGACAAUGGAAGAGGAAGACACAAGGGGGCUCGUUGUAGAUAUUGUACUAUGUCAUGGGCACGUGGAAGAGCUCAGGAAAUGAAGUCCCACCUCGCUAUGAAAUGUAAAGGGAGAAUACCACAAGAAACACGAAUUAAGGUGCUUCGAGACAUCCAAAAUGAAGAUAGGCCUACAUUAUCCAGAACAUCUACCGUAAAAAAAAGAAAAUCAACCUAUUCUAUAUUAUCUCUAGAUGCUUAUUAUGAUACAAAAGAAGCCAUCGAUAAAACUAAAGAAGCCAGAGCCAAUAAAUCGCUAAUUAAAUGGAUUGUGUGUUCUGGUAUUUCUUUUUCGGCCUUCGAUUCUCCUUAUUUUGAAGAUUUUACCAAGAUAUUAAACCCAGGAUAUAAUUCACCUAAACGAACUGCAUUGACAACAUCAGUUUUGGAAGUAGAAGCAGCAAAUAUAAUGCUAAAAGUAGAAAAGGAACUAUCGAAAUCUAAAAAUCUUACAUUAUGUAUAGAUGGCUGGUGCAGUCCGAUGAAGCAUAGCAUAUAUGCCUUUGUAAUAAUGACGGAUGAAAGAAAACAAUAUGUAUAUUCUUUACGUGAUUUUUCAUUGUUUUCUCAUACCGCAAAUUUUAAUGCUGAAAAAAUGGUAGAAGUAUUAGAAAAAAUUGGGCCUGAAAAAUUUGUUGCAAUAGUUUCUAAUGCAGAAUCAGCAAUGAUGGCAGCAAAACGACAGAUUGCAACAAAAUAUCCACAUAUUUUACCUAUUAGAUGCAUUGCGCAUCACAUACAAUUAAUCUCUAGUAGUAUUUGUCGCUUACCACAUGCGCAAAAGGUUCUUUCUAAUUGUCAAACAAUUAUAAGUUUUUUUAGGAAUUCUUAUACUGCUGGUGCCGCUCUUAGAGAAGAAAUCAUAUGUUCCUUCACUGUCGGUGGAUACUUAAAGUCAACCACUAAAACUCGGUGGUCAACGGCAUGGGAUUCUUGCGACUCUAUUUUACGCAAUGAAACGAACAUAAAAUCGGUUUUAGAACAAGAACCUCAAAUUUUUGAUCGAGCGAAUAGUGCAAAAAAUCUAAUUAAUGAUCGUCAAUUUUGGAUUGACGUAGAACAAUUGCGGAAUAUUCUUGGCCCAGUAAAACGGGCCGUAAAAAACGUAGAGUUUCGAACUACCUUAUUGGCAGAUGUAUUUGUUGAACUAGUCAAAAUGGCAAUCGCAAUUCAAGAAACUUCCGUUUUAUAUAAUAAUCAGUUUCGGCGUGAUUGCAUUGCUAUUUACAAUAAGCGCGAUUUUCUUGAACCUACUAUAUACAAAAAUCAUGUUCUUAAAAAAGCCUUAGAAAUAUGGAAGCAAUUAGGUGGUGGUCGAACAAGUGCGGAUCUUCUAAAAACUCAAAUGAAUUUGUAUAGAAACCAAGAGCACCCCUUUGACGAUAAAUUUAUUGCAACCGCUGACACAAUUACCAAUUGGUGGAUGUCUAUAGAUCUUAAAAGAAAUGAAGAUCAUGAUGGUACUUCGGAAAAAGACGAACAAGUUGAGAAUGCCAAGUCAGAGCUUAAUUAUGUAAAUCCAGAUCUUCGUCAAGAGGAUUUCUUAUCAAUUUUCAACAAAAUCGCAGAUUCCAUAGAAGAUGGCACUGACUUAUUUAGUGAGGAAGAUUCGUUUUCUUUUUUGGAAGAACUUAAUAAUGAGCUAAUGGAAGAAGAUACGGAAAAUACUUCGGAUGAACAGAUUGAUUUGGUUGGGGAAAAUUCGGUGACCUUAGAAGUCGAAAGUUUUAUUACAUUGUCGUCCAAAUUAGAGUAUAGUGA